CCUCCGUGCGUUUGUUGUUGUAGCUGUGGAGAGGAGAGGCGAGGCGAGGCGACGCAGCGCAGCCGCCUCACAUGUUUGGAAAUAAAAGCUGCGCUUGAAGGAAAAGCUACUCGUCUGACCCUCCGGAGGGUCCACAGGACCUCGAGGUUUUCACCGGCAGCCUGAAGUGGAAGGAAAGCGCACCUGGCCCGAGCCGAGCGGCGUUUAUCUUACUGACGAUGUAUCGUGUUGAGUCUGAGGCCUCGUGCUGAUGGCUCUGAGUUUCUGAGCUUUUAUGUGGGUGCUGGCCUUUACGUGAAGCUGUCAGGCAGAAGAGCCAGGGAGGAAAGCUCAGGAUCUCGACUGUCCACUGUAAGCCCUGCGCACGGUCCACACACGCUGACCACAACGAAGUAACAACACAGCUCUCUCUCUCCCCCACUGGGCAUCUCUUCUUCCUGUCUGUCUGUAGCAGGGAAUGUGCUUUCUCUAACUGCUCCUGCUCCACUACCCACUAGUGUAAAAAGUUGAAGCGGCGGGGGCGUGGCCAUGGAGGACUACGACAUGCGUUCGGCCGCCAGCAUCUUGGCAUCGGUCAAAGAGCAGGAGGCUCGUUUUGAGCGCCUGACGCGGGCCCUGGAGGAGGAGAGGCGCAAUGUUUCACUGCAGCUUGAGCGCGCCAACCAGCCCUGUGGUGACCGGCUGCCAUGGCAACAGGUGGUGAUGCAGGAGCAGAGUCCCAGUAACCAGACGUCUCUGGCCAUGAUGCAGGAGCCACAGGAGGUGGUGGAGGAGACUGUUACCAUAGAGGAAGACCCCGGCACACCCACAUCCCACGUUUCCGUGGUGACGUCCGAAGAUGGAACCACACGCCGCACAGAGACCAAGGACAAUUCAGCUAACGUGAAGGUGACCAAGAUGGUGAAGACAGUCACCACACGCACGGUUCGGCAGCUUCCACUGGGUCCAGACGGUCUCCCAAUGCCUGAGGGUUCCUCUCCGAUGGGGAGCUACACAGACUCCAUCGACCGGCGCUUCAUGAAAAAUGGUGAUCGCUUCGUCACACCACAGGCCACGUCUACCCUCACACGCUCCUAUAACAAUUACAACGACUCGUACGGCGAGACACCAGACAGCCAGUACCGCCACUUUGCCCUGCAUGAUGCCUACGGAGAUGUGGCCGACAACUACGGCAGCCUGUCCCGUGGCAUCAACUACCGGCCCUACCGGCCCUACAUGGCCGCAGGAGGCUAUCGCAUGGAGAACAGCUACACCACUCUCCCUAUCCGGAAGGAUGACUAUGGGCACAUGGCCCAACCACAGGUGCCCAUGGGUAGCAGCACUGUGGAUCUGAACCGCUCCCAGCCAGAACGUUUCCAACCCGAGCCAUAUGGAUUGGAGGACGACCGUCGUAGCCUUGGUCCAGAUGAAGAGGAGCCAUACGACCUGGAGCCUGAUUAUUCCACUGCUAACCGUCGCACGUUGCCCGGUGCUGGACGCACCAUUAGAGAACCGCUGCGUGACGGCCCUCGUGUCAGAGGCUAUGACGACCCCAUUGAGGCGGAGCUGAUUGACGAGAGGCACCCCUACAUCCCGGGCAUGUACUCUGCACCCCUGGCUCAGCCGGAGAGGGGAAGCAUGGCCAGUCUGGACCGUAUGGGCGGCCGCCGCUCACCCUCCAUCGACAGCAUCCGCAAGGACCCGAGGUGGCGCGACCCGGACCUGCCCGAGGUCAUCGCCAUGCUGGGCCACCCCAUCGACCCGGUCAAGUCCAACGCUGCCGCCUACCUGCAGCAUCUGUGCUACGAGAACGACAAGAUCAAGAAGGACGUUCGGCAACUGAAGGGCAUCCCCGUGCUGGUGGGCCUGCUGGACCACCCCAAAGCCGAGGUCCACCGCAAGGCCUGUGGAGCCCUCCGCAACAUCUCCUACGGCAAGGACAAUGACAACAAGGUGGCCAUCAAGAACUGUGAUGGCAUCCCCGCCCUCAUCCGCCUGCUGAGAAAGACCAACGACAUGGAGGUCCGAGAACUGGUCACAGGAACGUUGUGGAAUCUGUCCUCCUACGAGCCUCUGAAGAUGGUGAUCAUAAACCACGGCCUGCAGACCAUGACCAAUGAGGUCAUCAUCCCACACUCGGGCUGGGAGCCUGAGCCCAACGAGGACUCGAAGCCUCGGGAUGCAGAGUGGACCACUGUCUUCAAGAACACGUCAGGAUGCUUGAGGAACGUGAGCUCAGACGGUGCAGAGGCGCGCAGGAGGCUGCGCGAGUGUGAUGGGCUGGUGGACGCUCUGCUCCACGCUCUGCAGUCAGCUGUAGGCAAAAAGGACAUGGACAAUAAGUCUGUGGAGAACUGUGUGUGCAUCAUGAGGAACCUGUCCUACCAUGUGCACAAAGAGGUCCCGGGGGCUGAGAAGUAUCAGGACCCAUCAUCGCUGCAGGCUCCGGGUUCCGCAGGGCCUCAGAGGAAGAAGAAGGACGAUGCUGGCUGCUUUGGCGGGAAGAAGGCCAAAGAGGAAUGGUUUAAUCAAGGGAGGAGAAAUGGAGAGAAUGACAAAAACUAUGACACACUGGACCUCCCCAAGCGCUCAGAGCCCACUAAAGGCUAUGAGUUGCUGUAUCAGCCGGAGGUGGUGCGUCUCUAUCUGUCCCUGCUGACGGAGAGUCAGAAUUACAACACCCUGGAGGCAGCAGCUGGAGCACUGCAGAAUCUCAGUGCUGGACAGUGGACCUGGUCCAACUAUAUCCGAGCAACUGUGAGAAAGGAGAAGGGCCUUCCCAUUCUGGUGGAGCUGCUUCGCUCUGACUCGGACAAGGUGGUGCGGGCUGUGGCCAUCGCCCUGCGCAACCUGUCCAUCGACUGCCGCAACAAGGACCUCAUAGGGAGUUAUGCAAUGAGGGACUUGGUCAGCAACCUGCCGAGCGGGCAGCAGCGGCCAGCCAAGAACCUAGAGGAGGACACAGUGGUGGCCAUCCUCAACACCAUCCACGAGAUUGUGACGGACAGCUCAGAGAAUGCUCGCUCACUCAUCACAGCUCAAGCCAUUGACAAGCUGGUGGCCAUCAACAGGACCAGCCAGUCAGCCAGAGAGACUAAGGCUGCUUCGCACAUCCUGCAGACCGUCUGGAGCUACAAGGAGCUGCGGAACACCUUGACCAAGGAUGGCUGGAGCAAAACCCAUUUUCAGCCCACAGCCAGCAGUGCUCCCAAAGGCUCUAAGAGCGGCAAGCCAGGCUACGAUGACAUCACUCUGCCUCUAAUGGAGAAGAACCAAGGCGACAGAGGCUGUGGCAGUGGUGCUAUGAUACCUAUGGACGAGCUGGGUCCAGACGGCUAUUCCACUAUUGACCAAAGGGACAAAGACUGCAAAUACAAAACCAGCGAUGGCUCAUCAGACCUGAUGGAGCGGGAACCACUGAAGAAUGACACGAAUAGGAAGCACUACAUUCGGAGCAACAGGCCAGCGAUCAGUCUUGUGGACGCUUGCGAUGUCAAGCCUCAGCCUGUUGACUCCUGGGUGUAAAUGCAUGCAUGGCUUAGCCACAGAGACGCUGUGACAUCUACACAAGGAUCUCCCAAGUCACCACUGCCAUUUUCUCCGCCAUUCGCCACGCGAUGUGGACUCAUCAGCAGACUUUUACAAAAGAGAGAAGAAAAAAGCACCAUGCAAACUUCAUUCGGCAGCCAAACUUGUGAGCUGUUUUUUGCAAGAUAAAGCAAAAUGAAAGACUUGUAAACCACAACAACAACAGCAACAACUACGAGUGAACUACGUUUUCUCCAACAUGUACAUUCCCACUGGAUGAAGAACCCUAACAGAGCUCAGGCUGAGUGCUAGCUAACCAUUGUUUGCCAUCACUGAUGGAUGGAUGGAUGGAUGGUUGGAUGGAUGUGUAUAGCAAGCAAAGAGAAGGUGAUUUGGAGGACAUGGAUGUGUAUUGGAACAAGUUGAAGAGGGGGGAAAAAGUGUUUUGUCUAAAAUGUCAGAUGUCAAAAAAGUGAAAUUUGACUGUUUUUGUUUAUAUUUGUUUUUUGAUUGGUUUCUGUUCUGUGCUUUCCCCUCUUUGGAGGUGCAGUGUAUAUUUUUCUUCUAUUUUCUGUUGGUUUGUUCUAUUUGAGUUUUUUUUUUUUUGGAACAGAAGGCAUGUUGUGGUGGAUUGAGGAUUGUCUGUGUUUGUAUUUAGAGGAAAAGGAUUAGUUGUGGUUUACGUUUGAAGGGUCUGGGAGCACUUAGGCAUCCGAGGGUGUUGGACCAGCAUUCAUCAGCAUUUAGCAUAUUCACUACCUUGUGUUUGUGUCCUUUUUUAAGCAUCUUCUACUAUAAAGGAACAAUUCAAAAUGCGAAUGAUGCUAGUAGUCAAAGCUUAUGAGGGAGGUUAGCAUCUCAUAAUGCUGAAAGAGCUACGUUACUUGCCACUGAUUAUUAGCAACCUUAGCAUUUUUGAUCUUGCUUUCAGGCAAGAUUGAAUCUGACUGUUUCCAUUACCAUUUAAGAGUGUGGAAAGCUGCUGGGUUGGAUCAAGACGGCUAAUCCUGAAUCCCACUUAAUAAGCUGAUCUGCGGAGAACUGCUGGGCUAUACCGACUUAUUUUUUUCCUGCAGAUUGUGUUUGGUUUGCAUCAAGAAAUGAAAUGAAAGAAAAAAAAGAUUCACUUUGUUUAUGUGGACGGCGUGAAGAGAAGGAUAUUUUCGGUGGCAGAAUCACUCGCUUCUGCAUCAAGCGGAGAAAACUUAUAGCGUCUUAUAUUUUUGUUGGUUUUCUAAAUGUAUAUUAGGAUCAUGAAAUGGAAAAAAACAACAAAACCAAUGUAAAA